AGUGCAUUGUAAAACUUUGAAGAUGGCGUUUAGUUUUCCAGCCUUUGCGUAUAUUGUUGCCUUAAUAACCGAUGCAUUUUUAAUAUUUUUCUCUAUAUUUCACGUUAUAGCCUUCGACGAACUAAAAACUGACUACAAAAAUCCCAUCGAUCAAUGCAAUAGUUUGAAUCCUUUGGUUUUGCCGGAAUAUUUACUGCAUUUGCUCAUUAAUGUACUGUUCUUGCUGUCCGGAGAAUGGUUUUCGUUAUUGAUCAACAUUCCUUUAAUGCUAUACCACAUACACAGAUACUACACAAGGCCAGUCAUGUCAGGUCCAGGCCUGUAUGACCCGACAAGUAUUAUGAAUGCAGAUGUAUUAACUUCAUGUCAGAGGGAAGGCUGGAUAAAGCUGGCAUUUUACUUGCUGUCGUUCUUCCUAUAUCUUUAUGGAAUGAUCGUGGUGUUGAUCGCGGCGUAAGCAAGUGUUAAUAAUAGUGAAUAGGAUACUCCAAUAAGUCCACUAAUUUAUUGUUUAAUUAGAACAAAACUCUUGUAUUAUGAAUGUGACUGUCGUCGGUUAUAUGAAUGUGGUGAAUUCGUGAAAUAAAAUAAAUUUUAAAUGGUU